CUAAGCUUCUUUAGAAAUUGCAAGUGUUGUGCGUGGUAGACCACAAAUCGACGUUAGAAUUGCCAAGAUAGAGGACAAAGCGAUUAAGAAAACGCUUAAAGUUAAAGACUGGAUAUGAAUUAAUGUGACCAUAAUUUUUAUCUUCUGAUGAGCAUUUAUUCGAUUUCCUCUUUACAAUACCCUGUCCGCACUGUAUGUCUAAAUGUUUCGCGCCACAGGCAAGAUCAUUUCGAAACAGAGCAAAACCAAGCGUGGUUUAGGACCAUCGAACGCACACUGGUAAACAAAAAACACCACCAUUGUGCUUCGAAUUAUUAGACUUUUUUUUUUUCAAUAUAAACGGUGGACGGUGAUGUUAAUUGUGAUGUGUUACAUAGAUCGUUGAUUUGGUCCGCCCGGCUAAAAGCAUGUAUUCGUCCCUGAACAAGCUAUCGAAUAUGUUGCAGUGCUUUUAAGUCGUGUAUGUCAAAAAAAACAGGAUCAAUCAAUGUAAAUAUGAAAUAUGCUUAAUAGUACGCCUUAUAGCUCAACGUAUCUCGGACAUCAUUUAUCUGUCGUUGUAAUCGGACAAACGGAUUUACCUUUGUAAAUAUUAAACGAUUCAAAUAUCACACUCUUUCAGGAAACUCCGCUAAGGAAAACCCUUUACCGCAAUGGACGACGUCGUACAUCAAAAUAGCCUGAUUCAGUCAACGGCUGGUGCGGUCCCAGUUGUUAAUGACAAGGGUGAGGUUUAUAUGAAAAAGGUGAAAGUACAAAGAUACGUUUCUGGCCGCAGACCCCGAUACGCACCCGAUGGAAGUGAAGAUUCUCAAAGCUCAGAUGAGGAUUUUAUCGUCGAGCGCCAAAAACCGUCUCGCCGCGGUGGCGAGCUUUCGAGAGCACAUGCUUCUCGGGGGGAUGAAGCUGAAGAUUCCGAUGAUGAUAAUGAUAAAGGUGUGCAGCGAGGUGAGGCCAAAUCUGGCGAAGACGUCGAGAUGAAAGAACGUGAUGGCAGAUCAGGUGAAGAUGAAGACGAUGAGAUGACCGGCCGUCGUCAUUCAGCAGAGAGUGACGACAACGAUGAACUCCGCCAGAGAGCUGAAGAUGGUGACCAAGCUGACGAUCCACGGUUGCGGCGUCUGCAACGCCGCAAGAUACAGGAAGCUCGCAUUAUUGACAAUAACGAAGCCGCCGAUUCUGAUGACUAUGACGGUUUGCGUAGAAGACGGCACCAAAGUUCCUCAUCGUCAUCUUCGUCGGACGGUGAUGAUCUCGACGAGGAGGAGCGUGAACGCAAACGUCUUCAGAUGAAGCAGCGCGCCUUACAGCGAGUUCGUCAGGAAGAACUUGAGGAGGCGGCAAGGCAAGAGGAACGUAGAGCUGCGGAAGGCGAUGAUGAUCAGGCCGCCGAGGAGGAUGAAUCGGACGAGUACGAGGAAUACACUGAUAGCGAAGAGGAAGAAGAUCUUCAGGGCCCGCCUCGGCUAAAGCCCGUAUUUGUGCGUAAAAAGGAUAGAGUUACCAUUCAAGAGCGAGAACAACUUGAACAACGCCGUUACGAAGCUGAGCUUGAGGGUAAACGGGCUGCUGAAGAGCGUCGCAGGCAGACGCUGAAGAUGGUCGAAGCUGAAGUGAAAAGAGAGGUCGAAGAGAACAGAGAGGAGAACAAAACAGGUGUAUGUGUUGGCAAUAUCGAUGACGUUUGCACCGACGACGAUAACGAUGAGGCGGCGUACGAGGCGUGGAAACUGCGGGAACUCAAGCGACUCAAACGGGACCGUGAGCAGCGCGAGGCUUUGGAGAAGGAGAAGCUUGAAAUUGAACGACUUCGCAAUAUGACUGAAGAGGAGCGCUUACGUGAGCUAAAGAACAACCCCACGAAGAUUGUGAACCGUCCAAGUAAGGGCAAAUACAAGUUUCUGCAGAAAUACUACCACCGCGGUGCUUUCUUCGUGCAAGAUAAGGAAGAAGAUGUUUAUAAGAGAGACUUUUCUGCACCCACUCUCGAAGAUCACUUUGAUAAGUCUGUUCUACCGAAGGUCAUGCAAGUUAAGAACUUUGGUCGCUCAGGCCGUACAAAGUACACGCAUCUGCUUGAUCAGGACACCACAAAAAUUGAUUCGCCUUGGUCAGCUGAAACUCCGCAGAAUCUGAAGUGGCACAUCGAAAAGGCUGGGGGAACAAAGCCCGUCUUUGAAAGACCGUCUCAAAGAAAAAAAACAACUUAGCGAGCGUCCUGAACAUACAACUUGUCAGUAACCAGAAGGCGUAUAACAAUGUUCUGUAUAUUAAGCAUUGUAUAAUUAUUUAGUUAAGUUAACUAGAUCAUAUGAUGACAUACAUAAAGUAAAUGUAUAUCAAAUAAAGUAAAAAUAAUUGA